GAGCACUCCGUACGUGUUACAAUGUUCAAUAGAGUAAUUAUUAAAUGAUGUUCCAUCAUGAAAAUUAUUCUCCAAGUUAUUAUCUUUUAAUAAAAGUAAUCCCAUAAAGUAGAACAUUACUUGUUAUUAUUAUUUUCUUGUAAUGUAAGUGGUCUGAAUUUGAACUAGGUACAAACACACACACACACACAAAUAGUUGUUGCAUGUUUGGUUGUUAGUCAGGCUCCUAUCCACUUGAGCAGAAAAUGAUAAGUGUAAAAGUGGUAACCAAACUAUUACUGUAUCUACAUCAUUGAUUAAUACAUUAAACUUUUAUUACUAUAGCUCCAAAACUCAACUAGGUCUUCAUUUUCUGCUCUACUUUGGUUCUAAGUUAUUAGAAAAUGGUUUCAGCUACUUCUUCUCUCCCUUCUAAGGAGGAAGUAGAGUUGGAGCAAAAAUGGGUCGACAAUGGGAAUUCUCGCAAUGCGAAAUGGUGGUACUCAACUUUCCAUACCGUGACCGCAAUGAUAGGUGCAGGUGUUCUCAGCCUUCCCUAUGCCAUGGCAUAUCUAGGAUGGAUUCCGGGGACUUUAAUGUUGUUGUUAUCAUGGAGCCUGACCUUAAACACAAUGUGGCAAAUGAUUCAGCUCCAUGAGUGUGUUCCUGGUACUCGAUUUGAUCGUUAUGUUGAUCUGGGUAAACAUGCUUUUGGACCAAAACUUGGACCCUGGAUUGUGUUGCCACAACAACUAAUAGUUCAAAUUGGGUGUAAUAUUGUGUACAUGGUCAUUGGAGGGAAGUGUCUAAAGAAGUUCAUGGAGAUUGCAUGCACCAAUUGCACACAACUCAAACAAUCUUACUGGAUUUUGAUUUUUGGUGCCAUUCAUUUCUUUCUGUCUCAGCUUCCCAAUUUCAACUCUGUUGCCUCAGUUUCUUUAGCAGCAGCUGUGAUGUCACUAAGCUAUUCAACUAUAGCCUGGGUAGCUUGCUUAGCCAAAGGUAGGGUUGAGAAUGUGAGCUAUUCAUACAAAGGAACAAGCACAAGUGACUUAAUAUUCCGAAUCUUCAAUGCACUUGGUCAAAUUUCAUUUGCAUUUGCUGGCCAUGCAGUAGCACUUGAAAUUCAAGCAACAAUUCCAUCAACACCUGAGAAACCAUCAAAAAUACCAAUGUGGAAAGGUGCUAUUGGUGCCUAUGUCAUAAAUGCAAUAUGUUAUUUCCCAGUUGCACUUAUUGGAUAUUGGGCAUUUGGAAGAGAUGUUGAAGAUAAUGUGCUUAUGUCACUUGAAAGACCAGCUUGGCUCAUUGCCUCUGCUAACUUGAUGGUAUUCAUUCAUGUUGUUGGAAGUUAUCAAGUUUAUGCUAUGCCUGUUUUUGAUUUGAUUGAGAGGAUGAUGAUCAAAAAAUGGAAUUUUCCUCCUGGAUUGCCUCUCAGACUUGUUGCUAGAUCUUCUUUUGUAGCUUUUACACUUUUUAUUGGGGUUACAUUCCCUUUCUUUGGCGAUCUUCUUGGCUUCUUUGGUGGAUUUGGUUUUGCUCCCACUUCAUAUUUUCUUCCUAGUAUAAUGUGGCUAAUAAUCAAGAAACCAAAGAGAUUUAGCAUCAACUGGUUCAUAAAUUGGGCUGCCAUAUACAUUGGUGUGUGCAUUAUGCUGGCAUCCACUAUUGGUGGCUUCAGGAAUAUCAUUGCUGAUUCAUCAUCAUAUAGCUUCUACACCUAAACUAUAUUAUGUUAUUGCAAUGUUCAAUCUAUAACUUAUAAUAUAUGUGUGUGCCACCUGCAAUUAAUAGAUUAAAUUAUGAAUAUAUAGAAGGGAUAUCUAAGAUAAGUAUUAGUAAAACUA